CCGGGGAGCCUCGGCGAGAGCGAGUUGCCAUGCCCACCAACUUCACGGUGGUGCCCGUGGAGGCGCCCGGCGGCGGUGGCGGCGAAGAGGGCCCCGGCGCCCAAGCGGGGCAGCAGCCGGAGCACGCGGCGGAGGAGCCGGGCGGGGGUACCCUCGGGCGGCCGCAAGAAGCGCCACUCGAGAAUGGCUGCGUGGAGCCCGGGAGCCGAGGUGAUGGGAUUCCAAGGGAAAGCAGCCCAUUUAUCAAUAAUGACAGCAUGGAGAGAGGAAACAUUUAUGAAGGGAAAAAUAUGGCUCUUUUUGAGGAAGAAAUGGAUAGCAACCCCAUGGUAUCAUCUCUUCUUAAUAAGCUAGCCAACUAUACCAAUGUUACUCAAGGAGUGGUAGAACAUGAAGAAGAUGAAGAUAGCAAACGUAAGGAAAUAAAGGCUCCACGUAUGGGCACUUUCAUUGGUGUGUAUCUGCCCUGUCUACAGAACAUUUUAGGAGUUAUCCUAUUCCUGAGACUGACGUGGAUUGUGGGAACAGCAGGAGUUCUUCAAUCUUUCAUCAUUGUAUUCAUGUGCUGUUCUGGUACUCUGCUAACUGCAAUAUCAAUGAGUGCAAUAGCAACAAAUGGUGUAGUUCCAGCUGGUGGCUCAUACUACAUGAUCUCAAGAUCAUUAGGGCCAGAAUUCGGUGGAGCUGUGGGAAUCUGUUUUUACUUGGGCACAACUUUUGCAGGGGCUAUGUAUAUUCUUGGCACAAUUGAAAUUCUACUGAAAUACAUUUCCCCCAAUGCUGCUAUUUUUGAAGGCGGCGAGGAAGCCAUGUUAAACAACAUGAGAGUUUAUGGGACAUGCAUCCUUGCUCUGAUGGCCCUCGUUGUUUUUGUGGGAGUCAAAUACGUCAAUAAGCUUGCCCUCGUCUUUUUGGCUUGUGUAAUUCUUUCAAUUUUUGCCAUUUAUGCUGGGGUUAUUAAAACUGCUUUUGAACCACCAAACUUUCCCGUUUGCCUCCUUGGAAAUCGUACAUUAGUAAGAGAUACUGAUUUUCCUUGUGUCAAAUAUUAUGAAGAAAACAAUAUGACAGUGACUACCAAGCUGUGGGAAAAUUUCUGUGGUAGCCUACUUUUAAAUGCCACGUGUGAUGAAUAUUUCAUUCUAAACAACGUCACAGAAAUCCAGGGGAUUCCAGGAGUCGCAAGCGGAGUCUUCCUUGAUAAUUUGUGGAGUGUAUAUGGAGACAAAUUUGCAAUUGUGGAGAAACAGGAUCAGCCAUCAGUUCCUGUUUUAGAAGAGACAGAUGUGAAAAUUAAAAACUAUGUGUAUUCGGAUAUCAUGACCUAUUUUACCAUGCUAGUAGGAAUUUAUUUUCCAUCUGUGACAGGCAUUAUGGCAGGUUCAAACAGGUCAGGAGAUCUUCGGGAUGCUCAAAAAGCUAUUCCAACUGGAACAAUUCUGGCCAUUUUAACAACAUCAUUUAUCUAUUUGUCCUGCAUAGUACUUUUUGGAGCCUGUAUAGAAGGAGUCGUCUUGAGAGACAAAUUUGGACAAGCAGUUAAUGGAAACCUGGUGAUUGGUACGUUGGCAUGGCCCUCUCCGUGGGUCAUUGUGAUUGGCUCAUUCUUUUCCACAUGUGGUGCUGGUCUCCAGAGCCUCACUGGUGCUCCCCGGCUGCUACAGGCAAUUGCAAGAGAUGGCAUAGUACCAUUUCUUCAAGUGUUUGGUCAUGGAAAAGCAAAUGGAGAACCAACAUGGGCUUUGCUUCUCACUGCGUUGAUUUGUGAGAUAGGCAUUCUCAUAGCUUCCCUGGACAGUGUAGCUCCAAUCCUUUCCAUGUUUUUCCUUAUGUGCUAUCUGUUUGUGAACUUGGCAUGUGCAGUUCAAACUCUGCUCCGUACACCAAAUUGGAGACCUCGCUUCAAGUAUUAUCACUGGACUCUCUCAUUCUUGGGGAUGAGUUUGUGUCUUGCCUUGAUGUUCAUUUGCUCUUGGUACUAUGCUUUGAUAGCCAUGCUAAUAGCAGGAUGCAUUUACAAAUACAUAGAAUAUAGAGGAGCUGAAAAAGAGUGGGGAGACGGAAUCCGGGGUUUGUCCUUGAAUGCUGCUCGCUAUGCUUUACUUCGGGUUGAACAGGGUCCUCCUCAUACUAAAAACUGGAGGCCACAAGUCUUGGUUCUGCUGAACUUGGAUUCAGAGCAGAUGGUAAAACACCCACGGCUGCUUUCCUUCACCUCUCAAUUGAAAGCUGGGAAGGGACUGACCAUUGUGGGAACUGUCCUGCCAGGAAUAUACUUGGAUAAAUUCACGGAAGCUCAAAGGGCUGAGGAGAAUAUUCGAUCAUUAAUGGGGGCAGAGAGGACCAAAGGAUUUUGCCAGAUUGUGGUAUCAUCCACUGUUAGAGAUGGAAUUUCCCAUUUGAUUCAAUCUGCUGGCCUUGGAGGGAUGAAGCAUAACACAGUCUUGAUGGCAUGGCCUCAGUCCUGGAAGCGUACUGAUAAUCCUUUCUCUUGGAAAAACUUUGUUGACACUGUUCGAGAAACAACAGCUGCACAUCAAGCUCUUCUAGUUGCCAAAAAUAUGGACUCGUUCCCUAUGAAUCAAGAGCGUUUUAGUGAAGGCAACAUAGAUGUUUGGUGGAUUGUUCAUGACGGAGGCAUGUUGAUGUUGCUUCCUUUCCUGCUGCGACAACACAAGGUGUGGAGAAAAUGUAAAAUGCGCAUCUUUACUGUAGCUCAAAUGGAUGACAAUAGUAUUCAAAUGAAAAAGGAUCUCCAGAUGUUUUUGUACCAUCUUCGAAUUAAUGCUGAGGUCGAGGUUGUUGAAAUGUUUGAAAAUGAUAUUUCAGCAUUUACGUAUGAGAAGACCCUUGUGAUGGAGCAGAGGUCUCAGAUGCUAAAGCAAAUGCAGCUUUCUAAAAAUGAAAGGGAAAGAGAGAUUCAGAGCAUCACUGACGAGUCUCGUGGCUCAAUCAGAAAGAAGAGCCGCUCUAGCCCACAAUGUAUUGGUCAAGAUGUAGACAAUCUGCUACCUAAUGACAUUCAGGAGGAAGAGGCUCAAUUAAUCCAUGACAGAAACACUGCGUCCCGCUCAACAGGAAUGGUCAAAUCUCACACUGCUGUUGCUACACCAGACAAAAUACAAAUGACCUGGACAAAAGAAAAGCUUAUAUCCGAGAAGCAUAAAAAUAAAGAAGCUUGUCUGUCAAGCUACAAGGAUAUCUUCAGUAUGAAACCAGAAUGGGGAAAUCUGAACCAGUCGAAUGUGCGAAGGAUGCACACUGCCGUCAAGCUCAACGGAGUUGUGCUAAACAAGUCACAGCACGCCCAACUGGUGUUAUUGAACAUGCCUGGUCCUCCAAAAAACAGGCAUGGGGACGAAAAUUAUAUGGAGUUCUUGGAAGUUUUGACAGAAGGCUUGAACAGAGUGCUCUUGGUACGAGGAGGAGGUCGUGAAGUUAUCACCAUUUACUCCUAAUAAUUUUACUGAACACACCGAUAGUACUACACAUAACAUCUGUUUCUGGAAUUAAAUGUGGGACUUUGGCAAAUCUUGUUGGGACUAAUGACUUUUGCCCAGCCCUAUUUAUUGCAUACAAAAUAGAAUCAAACAGUUGAAUCCUCUUUUUUUUCUUUUAUAAAAAUGUAAGCAAAAUUAUUUCCUACAUAGAUCUCUAAAAUGUGUCUUUAUUGAAUAAAUGUAUUAUAUGCUUGUAUAUUUUUUUAAUGUAGAAAACGGAGACGAUAUUUUUUUGUUGUUCUGGGGAUUAGGGUGGGACACAGAUGGGCAUACUUUUUGCACAUAGCUCCUAGUAAAUACAAUAGCUGCUUCUUUGACAUAGGAACAGACUCCUAAGUUUGUACUACUUUUUAUAAUGAUGGUUUUUAAAAAAGAAAAUGAAGAAAUGGGGCUUCCAGGAACCAUUUUAUAAGAGUCUGGCCUACAUAUUUUGUACCACUGACCCUGCUGACUGGAAGCAGGUUCUGUCUCCUUACCAAGUCGCUAUGGUUCUGUAUUCAUUUUAAUCCACAACUCUGUGAAUUGUUUAGCAUUGUAUUUUAAUUAAAGAUCACUGGUUGAAUAAAAGUCCUUUGAUUUAGGAACCA